GCAGAAACAUUCGGGUACGACUAUAAGACGAGUGUACAUUACGAUCGCAGCAAAAAACUUAAAGUAGUUACACAAAAAACAUUUUUUCCCAUUUUUUUUUUUUUUUUGAGAAUUUUAAUGUUAUUGACAUCCAAUGCGGUAGAAAAGUUUUUCGCGUAUUUUUUAUAUUAUUAACCCACGUCUUCGUGUAAAAAACAGUACUCAUCGUCGCCUAUGUGCAAUGACGAGCGAUAUAAUCAACUAUUCUUCGCGACAUAAUUAUCAGUCGAAUUAUUCAGUUAAACAAGAAUGCAUGACGACCAUCAGUGCGGCAGCCGCACCGUCAUCGUCGUCAGCAGUGGCCGGCGACGGACGUUACGUCGUCCAGGACCUGUCGCCGUCGGCAUCGUCCUACUGGAUGCCGGCCGCGGAACAGCAACAGCUAGUGACGUGUGUCGUAGGUCACCCGAUCGGUAGCACAGCGUCGUCUUCAUCGUCGUUCGUGGACGACGAAUCCACGUCGUACGAGGAUAUUACGUACAACAAUUACGGGCCGUCGUCGGUGGCCGCGCUGCAGGCCACCGCCGCCUCCGCGGCCAACUGUGAUUACGGUGGCCUUUACGGUCAUCAUCUGCAGCAGCAACAGCAACAGCAACAGCUGCAGCUGCAACAGCCGUUGCUACAGUACGGUAACGUCGGUUACUACGACGGAGGCAGCGGCGUCGGCGGUGGCGGUUACCAUCAGCUCGGUCACUUGCAGGGCUACGACGAAAAGCCGGUGGCGUACGACAACAACAAUGCUGCCGACGUUUGCGACAUGAAUUCCGCCGUAGCGGUCGCCUCAGUGGCCGUCGCUUACGACGACCCUUACGCCGCGCCCGUCGUGCCACAGCUCGAUCGACAGCCGCUCACGCCUCAGUAUCGUCCUACGCAACCAAACAGCAAUAACAACAACCACAACAACAACGCCGCCGCCGCCGCCGCUGUCGCCGACAACGACGAUGAAGACGACGACGACGAUGCAAUAAGCAACGAAGAUAGCAAUAAACGACGGCAAUUGCAACGGCGACAACAGCUGCAACAGCAACAUCAUAUGUUGCAGCAACAGUGCAAAUCUUCAGAGUCUACGCCGGCGGCGAUGCCCGUGGUGCGCGUUGUUAAACGUAGGAACACGGCCAACAAGAAGGAACGGCGACGGACGCAGAGCAUCAACAACGCGUUCUCCGACCUCCGGGAUUGCAUACCCAACGUACCGUCCGACACCAAACUGUCGAAGAUCAAAACGCUUCGGUUGGCCACAUCCUACAUUGGUUACCUGAUGACCGUGCUGGACAGCGACGAUCCGGACACGGACGGUUUCAAGGCUGACCUAUCCGCGCACACGUCCAAGCGGUCGUUGCAGGCGCCACACGUGCAAGCCGAUAAGGCCCAACAACAGCAGAUGAUGAUCGUCCGAAACCCUCUGAAUCCUACCAAUGACCACCAACAUCAAGAACAUCAACAUCACCACAAACGGAGCAAAGGCAGGACAGGGUGGCCACAAGAUGUUUGGGCAUUAGAACUUAAACAAGAACAAGUGUAACAAAGCGCCUGGUACACACCUUUUAGCUACCUUUUUUGUUAAAGAGCGAUCAAAUCAUAUAGGAACAGAAAAUUAAAAUCUUAUGCUCACAUGUUAAGGAUCACCACCGCCGAUCCUGAGUAUAUAAAGUUAUAAGUAAUAUAAUAUUAUCAGUCAUAUAGGUACUUUGGUAUUUACACCAUAGUACACUAAUUACUAACUAUUUGUAUAACAAUAUAACGAAACUAUAUAUAGAGAUUACAAUGUGAGACAUAAGUGUAUUAUAUAUUUAUUUCUGCAACGAUUUGGUGCGUUAAACAAACCAUGUUAUUAAUAUGUUAUUAUUUAUACAUUAUACCUAAGAUUACAGUUAAACAUAUUUUUUCUUUUUUCUUUUUUUGUACAAUACAUUUAAACCACAGAAUUUCCACGAAAAUGUCUAGUUUAUUGUGUACAGAACAAAAUAUAUAAAUAUAUAGGAGUAGUAAAGAACAAAAAAUCGGUGGAUCAAUUUUCGCGACAGAACAUGAUAUAUGAGUAUUGUAUACAUUUUGUAGAACACUGUUGCAACUGAGUCCUGUAAAUAUUUAUCACGCGGAUUUCGCUUCCCGUCGUUUCGCUUUAAAAUCGAGAGAAAUAAGAUUGGACAUGUUAUUAUGAUAGGUAUAUUAUAUUAUAUAUUUAUAUGUAUAUUUAUUAUUUGUUUUUUUUUUUAUUUUAAUAAAUCUUUUGAGUAUUUUGUAA